UGAUGGGGAAACUGACAUUCAUCGGUCUAGGGCUUGGUGACCCGAAGGACAUCACUCUGAAAGGGUUGGAAGCUCUGCGUGAGGCCGACUAUGUUUACCUCGAGAGUUACACUAGCAUUCUGGUUGGCCAGAAACCUGAUGACUUGAGAGAAGCGUACGGUAUUGAAGUUCCAUUCAUAGAGGCGGACCGACAUCUAGUGGAAGGGGGUUGUGAGGAAAUGCUGGGAAGGGCUACAGAAAACAACGUAUGCUUCUGUGUCGUUGGAGAUGCCCUGUGCGCCACUACACAUACUGAUCUCUUCCUGCGGGCCCGAGCUAAGGGCAUCGAGGUAUCGGUCGUCCAUAAUGCCAGUAUCAUGAACGCCAUUGCAUGUUGUGGUCUACAUCUUUACCGCUUCGGGGAGACAGUAUCGAUAUGCUUCUGGGAUGAUUCGUGGAAGCCCGACAGCUACUUUGACAAAAUAGCAGACAACGCCAAACGCGGGUUGCACACCUUGUGUUUGCUUGAUAUCAAGGUCAAGGAGCAGAGUGUUGUCAAUCUCAUGAAAGGCAACGAGAUCUAUGAGCCUCCUAGGUUUAUGUCAGUGCAGACAGCCCUAGAGCAGUUGAUGGAAAUUGAUGAGGAUCGAGGCAGUCCCGGAAUCGUCGGGAAGGACUCCCUUGUUGUGGGUGUGGCACGUGUUGAUUGCCAAAACCAAUCUAUCGUAUUCGGCCGAGCGGAAGAUGUUGCUUCGGAUAAGGCUUCGGAGAAGCUCGGUGGUCCUCUGCACUCACUCGUCGUCUGUGCACAGGGCAUGGAAGGGCUCCAGGAGAUGGAGGAGGAGUUUGUUGAGCAAUACCGUAUAUAGUCAUCAACGUGAUGAAUGUACUGAACCGUUCCUUGUG